AUGAACCCUUUAACUAAGGUGAAGAUGAUCAAUGAGCUGAAUGAACAAGAGGUCCAGCUUGGGAUGGCCAAUAAGGUGUCCUGGCACUUUGAGUACAAGGACAGCGCCUGGAUCUUCCUGGGAGGGAUUCCUUGUGAAUUAGCUGAAGGGGACAUCAUCUGUGUGUUCUCACAAUAUGGGGAGAUUGUUAACAUUAAUCUCGUGCGGGACAAGAAGACUGGGAAACCCAAAGGAUUCUGUUUCCUCUGCUAUGAAGACCAGAGGAGCACAAUUCUAGCCUUUGACAAUUUUAAUGGGAUCAAGAUCAAAGGAAGAACUAUCCGAGUAGAUCAUGUGUCUAACUACAAGGCUCCUAAGGACUCAGAAGAAAUAGAUGAUGUGACCAGAGAGCUCCAGGAGAAGGGCUGUGGGGUUCAUACCCCCUCACCAAGUUUGUCUGAGAGCUCUGAAGAUGAAAAACAAACAAAAAAGCACAAAAAAGACAAAAAGAAAAGAAAGAAAGAAAAAGAGAAAACUGACUGGGAGGUACAGGCAGAGCAACCAUCCUCUUCAUCACACAGAAGCAAGACAGUAAAGGAAAAGGAUGACCCUGGCCCUAAGAAGCACAGCAGCAAGAACUUGGAGAGAGCUCAGAAGUCAGAGCGCAGGGAGGGGCGGAAGCUCCCCAGGACUGCCUACUCUGGUGCAGCAGAGGACCUAGAGAGGGAGCUGAAGAAGGGGAAACCCAAGCACGAGUACAAGUCCUCAAGUUGGAGGGAGGCAAGAGAAGAAAAGACCAGGGAUAGGGACAGAGGACGGAGUUCAGACACACAUUCUAGCCAACACAAUGGGCGUUGCAAAGGGCGUGGUCAUAGAAGUAGAAGUAGGAACCAAGAUAAAUCCCAUAAGCAUAAAAGGUCCCAGUGCUCCUGGGAGCGGGAGUCUUCCAAUCCCAGUGAAUGUAGGCGUCACUGGAGACUACUAGGAAAUUCCCGGGCAGAGGUGCUCCACGGUCACCAGCGCGGCUGUUUCGGCCAGCACGGCUGUGCUGGCCGGCACCGCUGCCUUGCCCCACGUGGCUGCUUUGUCGGCGCCCCAGAGCCGCGGUUCUCCUUACAAAAUACGCUGGUCCGGGGGCCCUUUAGGCUGGCGAUUGGAGCCACGGGAAGUCGCCCGUACGCCGGCUCAAAAAGGGGACUGAGCAGAGAACCAGGACAGUAG